UACUAAAAUACUAUAUGAAAAUACAAAACGGUAACUAACAAAACAGCUGAUUUGCAGCAAACAAAUUUACCUGGGCAAACGCAACGCAAUUAAACAAAUGCCAUUUGUGCAGUUUAACUAAGUAAAAUGCAGGAAUUUUCGGCCAAACGAGACGCUCUAUUCGCAUGUCUCGACGAUGCGAGCAAAGAGUUGCGGGGAACUGCCUUGGAUCAGAGCAAGGCCAAGGCGUUUUCCAUCAACGCCCUCGAUCGAGGAAACAAAUCCGGAAACGGAUCCGGACAGGUGAUGAACUACCGCCAGGGUCGCAGCAUUGACACUGGCCUCGAUGCGGAGGAUGGCAGACUGCGACGGAUGCGCGGCAAGGAGAGCAUUUUCAAGAAGCCCGAACUUCCCAUUGGACGCUGUUUGAAGCCAAGAAAAACGCCAGAUUACCAGGUAAACCCGCACAAAUGGAAGAAGUACUCCCUGUCCGAUGUGGACAUUUCCGAGCAGAGCAACUCCGCCGCCGCCUUGUCCUUUCUGCGGCAAAUGGAUGCACAGCGCGAGGCUGAGGGCGUAGACAGCGAAUCUCACCCUGCAGAUGGCAAGAUCGAGUUCAAGAGGACCAGCAAACUUAGCCGCAAGCUCAAGAGCCUCAAACAGCAGGAGGUGGAGGAUGUGGAGCUGGAUAAGCCGCAGUUAAGAGGUUCCAAGCUGGUGAUGCCGGAGUAUGUAAUUGGCCAAAAGCCGCAGAAACAAAAGAAAUCCAAAACCAAAUCGGACCAGAGCCGUGCAGCGGGAAAACUACAACUGUCCCACUUGGCGGAGGAGGAUGAGCAGGAUGAGUAGGUUAAAAUGUUUGAUCCUAAGAUUAUAUUAUAUAAUAACUAGUGUCCCCAUAAACUUUUAGAAAUGUAAAUAGAUUUUUAUUAUAUACAAACUUCGGUUUGUCGAGAAA